AUGUCAGGAGUAACACGGGCUUCAUCGGUGCGACGACAACCUCAGCGGACUGCCAAGAAUCCCCCGCCUCCACCACCACCUGCUCCGCCGCAGAAAAAGGUGUCGGUGCCGCAAACGAAGAAGCCGAUUCCUCGACCGCAGGUUCGACUGGUCACCACUAACAAGCCUGGGACGUCGUCCAGGAUAACAAGGUCAUCGUUCCCGGAGAGAAAACGAAUUGUUCAUGAUGGUAAGGGAAAAAAAAUUUGUAUCGGUUUUUACCUUUAAUUAUAAGGCUAGGGAUUUACAGAAGAUCAAUUGUGGAGUUGCAUGCUGCUUUUGAAUUUGUCAUAGUACCCUUUUAUAUUUUCAAAUUUUUUGGGCACUGCCAAAUUUGUUAGCUUUGGAUAAUAUAAAUUAAUGUUAUUAAACGUAUAGUUCUUUUAUGAUGCACAAAUAGGGUAAAAUACGCGUUUGAUCUCCAUUGGCCUUCCGUUUUUUCAUGAAUGUGCAGUUAUGAACAAUAAAAGUUGAUAUCAGUUGUCAAUCCAUUGUUUUCAGAUGCGACCAACAACAAGGUCAUUCAUCGGUUCAUCCAGUUGGGGGAGCGAUGUCAAGUCACCAUGCCUACCGAGGGCCCUCGAGAAGGUCCCUCGACAAGUCCGGAGAGGGAAACUUGUGUGUGGAAGAUGGACGACGAAAAGAUUACUCCAGAAGAGCUGGAGAAGUUUUGUGUCGACACUUAUGAGAAGUUUGGACUUCCCUCUGAGAGGGUGAGUGAUUUCUUGCCUGGUUUAACUUACGUUUUAGGCGAUGUAUGCGUUAUACAUGAACGAGUUUGAUAAGGAGAAGGCCAUGAAACAAGCUAAAGAGUCAGCGUUACUACAAGAACAAUGGAGUGAUAAUGAUCGAUAUAUCUUCAAUGGACUCUAUGCUACUUAUGGAAAGAAUUUCGGGAAGAUCCAUAAAAUCGUAAGCGUAUUUUCGAGAGAUUUAAAAAUUUUAGGUAGUGUGAUAUCAAAAUACCCGUAUGAUGACAGUACAUUGACGAUAAUGAUUUUUAGAUGGCAUACAAGUCAAUGAGAAGUCUGAUUGAACAUUAUUACAAGGUCAAGAUGAUCAGUUACAAAAUUGGAGGACUGGCUGAGGCCAACAAGCCAUUGGGAAGUAUGGGCUCGAUCGAUGAUUUGAAUGGACAUUUUGAAACCGAAAAAGACGUUGAGAGCAUCUGUGAUAACUGUGGAGCAUUCUCGCAGCUUCACCAAGUCAAUAACGAAAUGCAAUGUAUGAGUUGCAAACGAUUUUUUGAGUAAGUUUCUAGUGUAAUAUUCUUUUUCUUUUUUUUGUUAUGAAUUAUUUGUAUGAAAUUUUUUAAAUGAAGUUUUGCUCCUACAGAGAGUUCAAUUACGAUCGGCCAGUUGAUCGAAGCGAGCGGAGAGCAGCUCUCAGAUACGAAGAAGAUGCUCGAAGAAUGGCCGAGAAAUUCACCGAGCUCUUUUUACAUGGAGAUCGAGAAACGCUUAGGCGGGAAUUCACGACUGUGAGAAAGUAAGAUCUUGUUUUCUAUUGUUUUCGCUUCAUUUUUUAGAUGUUUUUACCCUUUGUCAUCCAGUAUGAUAUAAUUUUUUAGUAAACGUCAGUCCGAAGCCCGUGAAAUGCGUUUGAAGGCCGCUCAACAAGAGCAGACUUCGAUGAGAGCUGUGAAAUAUUUGGCGAGCUCGAUUAAUUUAAACACUUAUCGGAAAUAUACCAGCAAAAAGAAGCCCAAACCACGCCUCAGGGAAAAUUGGACCAAAAAAGAACAAAAUAUCGCGCUGAGAUGUGAGUUGAAGUAAUUUUCGAUUGAUUUUGAUCGCUUUUAGUGCUGAUCAGGUACUCGGGAGAUUCCGAGACAGUGUCGAAAAUAUUGGCGACCAAAACUGUGGAACAAAUCCAAAAUUUAUACAACAAAUAUUCGAGUGCCAUAAAAGAAGAGUUGAAGAAAGCCAGGGAACAAUCGGAUUUGGCUGAAAAAGUCGAAGAGAUGUACAGGGACAUUACUGAACAGAAGAAGGAAGUCGACAUUGUGGAACUGGACUAG